AUGAAAAGAAUAUUUCAACAUAUUCAUGAUGAUUCCACAUCAAAAUUAUAUCCUUCUUUAUUGGUAAAUAAAUAUUGGUGUAAAAACGUUGUGACAUUUUUAUGGAAUCGACCAUUCCAAAUGUGCCCAAAACAUAAUCGAUACAAGCUUAUCAGAACGUUGUUAACGUUCUUUAGUUUAGAAGAGACCACAUUAAUCAAUUCUAAAUUAAAGGCUUAUAACAUUCUAAUACCUGCGCGACCUAAUCCCAUAUUUAAUUAUUCUUCCAUGGUACAAGAAAUUUCUUAUAUGGAUUUAGAAACCUUUGUUAAAUCAUAUUUAACAAAAAUAACCACGGGAUGUUAUAAUGAUAUCCAAAAAGUACAAAUUCUUUUCAUCACCAUUUCAUUAUUUCAAAUGUUCUUACGACAGGGUACCAACAUUAAAAUUCUCGUAAUUGAUAAAGAAAUUUAUACGAUGGAUUUACCAGACAUUUCUAUUUUUACUGAAUCACACCCUUCAGGUUCCACUAACCUCUUUCAACUUAGAAUCGAUUAUAAUAGUAUUAAGAUUCGUAAUAUAAUUCAAUUUCUAAAAUAUAUUUCAGAUGUAUGCAAGGACAUUCAGAUUUUAGAAUUUAAAUUCAACAUAAAUGCUUAUAGUGAUGAAUUAUUACAAUCAAUUUCCAAUACCAUAACUAAACAAAAUAAUUUACGAGAAUUUAGUUUAUCAAAUACAAAACAUAUUGGAAUCGAAUCAGUGAUGAUGUCAUUGCUCGUUCAUGUUAAUACGCUAACUUCAAUUUCAUUGGCUUUCCUUAAUUUGGAACAAAAAUCCAUGGACAUUCUUUUGAAUCUUAAACAAUUAAAAGAACUUAGGAUAUGGUUCUGUGAAGGAUUAAAUCAUUACUCUUCGAUUCACAGAUUUGAACUCAACACGUUACAUUUGGUGGAAUUAUCUUCCUCUGUGAAAACAAGACGGAUUACACAAUCCAUCUUGCAAUCAACAGGAAAUUCUAUUACACAAUUAGGAUUUAACAUUCAAUAUAUAGAAAAUCUUGAUAUAACAUUAACUUAUUGUCCAAAUGUUGAAGAAAUAAUUCUUUUUUAUUUGUCUAAUGAUAAACAAAAUAGAAAAUUUACCACUAAAACUACAAAUAGAAUGGUAAAAUCAUGGAGAGAAAGGUUAUCAUCACUUACUUUUAAAGAAAUCUCAAUUAGAACUUUAAUCGUUAACAAACUAGAAUAA